GCCGUGCGGUAGUGUGCGCCUCGCCGUCGUCGUCGCCGCCGCCGCCGCCACGAUCGUCCAACUCGAAUCGGAAGUCGACUUCCGCCGUCCGUAGUAAUAAUUGCAGUUGUGCGCGAGUCUGUAAGAUAAUUAUAUAUUGUUAUAGCAAUAGGUAUUGUCACGGCAGCUGCAGUUUCGCAGUUCAAUCAUAUCACUCGUUUAGACCUAUGUCCGAUAAAUUACUACUCUCUAGGCCGAGUGUACCCCCGACAAUGUGGUGAUUCUGCCACAMGAAUUUUAACCUUAAAUAUAUUAUACGUGCGACACGAUGGUGUCGUGUUGAACACCGAUAACGUCUGCAGUAGUAACGGUAGUAAUUUUAAUAAUAACGACGACGACGACAACAACAACGACAAUAAUAUUAUUACGAUGCCGGCCGUACGCCGUCACGGUCGCGGGGUCCACCGCCGUCCGGUCCGGUACCGUGGUCCGGUGGUAGCUGUAGACGUGACCUCAGUAGUGGUAUCAUCAGCAAUCGGUGGAAGAGUUAAAGCAUUAGCAGCAGCAGCAGCAGCAGCAGCAGAAGGAGGAGGAAGUACUCUUGAUGUGCUCUGCUCAGCGACCGAGUUCGGCCCGAUCGACGGGUGACUUUCGUCGGGUUUGCAUGCAGUGACGAUUCGACUGAUACCUUAACACUAAAAUCGCCACUCGUAUUGAAGGCCGAGUGUUGAUUGAUCACACAAAGAGACCAUUCAAAUUCGAUAACGCAAACGGGUCAUGAGUUUUGUUUGGUGGAAAGAUUUCCGGAGAAAGAGACCCCCGACGUUCCAGCAGACGUGGAGAAAAUUUGACUAUUGGCGACAUGCUACCGUCGAUAAUAUAGUCUACCAACGGGUGAUGAGCUUGCAGUGACCACCUAAAUCCUAUCACCAUUCUUUCCCUUUAUGCCACGCCCUCGGUGGCCAUCGCAUUGAUAUAUCUAUUUCCGUUUGGUYGAAUUGAUCCACUGCCACAAUGGAAUCGAUAGACGUGGCUGAAAACCUAUCCAGCCUUUCAGGCAUGGUGUUCAAAAUCGACCAGAACGAGUUCGGGCUCCUGGUGGACCAGAACGGUUCGGGUUUCCUGAAUGACACCAACGUGACGAUGGACCCGAACCGAACGUAUUAUAUUUUCGAGUCUGUUUACCCGUCAACGUACUCGAUACCGGAAAUAGUCAUCGCUUCCGUCGUGGUAAUCAUGCUCAUGAUCGUCGUCGUCGUGGGUAACAUGCUGGUCAUCAUCGCCAUCGUGACGGAAAAGGCGCUGAAGAACGUGCAGAACUGGUUCAUCGCCAGCCUGGCCGUGGCCGACUUCUUCCUGGGCAUAAUCGUAAUGCCAUUCUCGUUGGCCAACGAGCUGAUGGGCUAUUGGAUAUUCGGCGACUGGUGGUGCGACAUACACGCCGCGCUCGACGUGCUCCUAUGCACCGCGUCCAUCAUGAACUUGUGUCUGAUAGCCCUGGACAGGUACUGGUCUAUCACGCAGGCCGUCGACUAUUUGAAGAAACGCACUCCAGCCCGGGCGAUGGUCAUGAUCGGUUUCGUGUGGAUAUUCAGUGGCGUUAUUUGCAUACCACCUCUGCUCGGCUGGAAGGUCAAAAGGGUACCCGAAAGAUAUCCGAAAUGCCAGCUGAGUGAGGACUUAGGCUACCGGAUAUACUCGGCGCUYGGUUCGUUCUAYAUACCGUCAUGUAUCAUGGUGUUCGUUUACAUCCGGAUAUAUUUCGCAGCCAAGGCGCGGGCGCGGCGGGGCAUCCGGAAACCACCGUCGAAGCCGACGAAAGGGGCGGCGAAGGCUGCAAAGGCAGCGGCGGCUGCAGCAGCGACCGCGCAGAGCCCGUCCACCCUUUCGCAGACGACCAGCUUCAUCACGCGGCCAUCGCCGGCCGGCGUACCGCUGACCGCGUUCCGAUCGCCGCCGGCCACGCCGGUUAACACCACGCUGCCGGUAAUCGCCUGCGACUACGCCAGCGACGCGAGCACYAGUGACGUCAGCAAGGACGGUGACAAAGACACGCUCAAGGUGUUCACCACGCAAGGCAGCCGCCGACUGACGGUCAACGGCGAUCUGGUCGGAGGGGGCGGCCGGUGCCGGGCGUCAAGCGUGGCCGUGGACACUGACAUGGUCAGCGAGCUGGAACCGUCGUCGUCCGACUCGGGCAACGUGCAAAAGUGCGGUGCCGUCAAGCCGAUCAAGUCGCGGCUGUGCAAACCGAUAUUUGGCGUCGGUCGCAAAUCAGCCAAGGCGGCGUCGGCCAAGGCCAAGCGGGACAUACUGGAUACGGGAAAGGUGUCCAUGGCGUGCCGCGGCGGCGGUGACGGUCACCAUCAGUACGGYGUCUCGAACGURUCGCAAGGUGGGACGCCCGUGGAUCCGGUGCCGUGCCUGCCGCGGCCCAAGCCCCGAGAUCCGGAGCGCGAGAAGCGGCGCAUCGCCCGGAAGAAGGAGAAGCGCGCCACGCUCAUCCUCGGCCUUAUCAUGGGCUCGUUCAUCGCCUGUUGGCUUCCGUUCUUCUUCAUGUAUAUACUGACGCCACUGUGUCCUGUGUGCUACAUACCGCCACAAGCUUUCGCCAUUGCUUUCUGGCUGGGCUACAUGAACUCGGCCAUCAACCCAGUCAUCUAUACAAUAUUCAACAAGGACUUCCGGCGCAGCUUCCGGCGUGUGCUAUUCAAAUGAUGAAAAUGCCGAGCCUCCGACCCGGGCUACCGGAAGAGGCCUUCGACGCCGCCCCAGGACUCGUACAACUGGUCCUCGCCUGUCCAGCCAUCCUACGUCACAUUGUCCUACAUCGAUUUCUCUUCUUUUACUUAUUCUUCGUAUCCUUCUUAUUCUCGUUCUUGUUCUUUCAUAAUCAAUAUUAUUAUUAUUAUUACCUACUAUUAUUGUUAUAUAAUAUUAUAACUGUUAUCAUCGUUAUUAUUGUUUCUCAUUGUAUAUUUUAUUAUAUACGAACGUGAAAUAUACAGUUUGUCCGCAAAAACUUAUCUUCUCCCCCUCCUCCCCACAGGAAAGCACGGUGCUCAGUUCGAUAACAAAAUGUGAAUUGUGCAUCUGGCGUAAUAAAAUUAUAACUAGCCAUCAAAUAUAUGAAUAAUCAGUAAACUUUCUCUAAUUCCACCGUGGGGUUCGAAAAAUCAUAUAUAAAAAAAAUAUAUUUUUAUUUUUAAUGCUUUUUACAACUACACUCGAGAUUUCAACCGCAGACAGAUUUCSCAACCACAUCCAAAACGACACAGUACCUACAUAUUAUAGUCAUAAACAUAUAGACAUAUAUACAGCUAUGCGUGUAAAACGUAUUCGGUUUUAUUAUCUUUCAUUAUGAAGUAACGUAAGCGUAAUCGAAAAGUAUCCAUUUAGAGUAAAAAUUGAUUUACGGUAUGGAAAUCUAUUUAUACAAAAUGUUUUGAUAUAAGAUCAUGGAUAAAAUAUAA